AGGAUUUUCUUCUUAUAUGUUUUAAUUGUAAAUGAAGUUUGAACGCACUGAAUUUGAGGCCUUUUGUGAGACAUCCGGAAUCAAUGAAAUGUUCAAAGCCUUUAGUGAAGAAUACAGGAAAGAAAUGAAGAAAGUUCAAUGGAUGUACCACUCAAUUCUUCUGCCUGGGAUACUUUCCUUAACUCUUUGCCGGACGUUGAAAUGUUAACAGGAAAUUUGGCAGGAUCCUCGAAUGUUGCCUCAACUGGUGGAGAUAAGUCUCAUCAUGACCCUCUUGGCAUGCAAGGAGAAACUGCUGCUGCUAGAUCCCCGAUUGUUGCACCACCCAGUCCUCACCACACAAUGAAACGUUAUAACUUUAACAUGAUCCCACUUUAAUGUCAUUUCUUUUGGGACAUGUCACAUGGAUGAUGCAGGUUUUUAUGUUUAUGUUGACUUAUUGUAGCUAUGGACUAUGUUGGUGGAGCUGUUAUCUCGAAUGAUAUGAACUUAAUUACAUGAACACUAAUUAAGUGGUUGUGUUGAA